UUGUGGUAUUUUCAUCAGCAACAACAAUAUCAAUUUCAAGUUUAAAUUGUUGAGUAAAAGAGUAAAAUUGUUCAACAAAAAAAAACAAGCAAAAUGGAUUCAUCACAGGAUGCUAGCUUCCAAGCUGGACAGGCCACAGGCCAGACUAAGGAGAAGGGAAACCAGAUGAUGGACAAGGCUAGCAAUACUGCCCAGUCUGCUAAGGAAUCAUGCCAAGAGACUGGUCAGCAAUUAAAGGCUAAGGCACAAGGAAUGGCUGACACUGUUAAGGAGAAAGUUGGAGCAAACAAAUGAAGAUUUUAUUAUUUUUGUUAUGAUUAUUUUGCUUUCGUGCAGUUUUUACUGCCUUUUUUGUUUUUUCCUUUUUCCCCCAAUUUUCAUAAGAUUAAGAGGGAUGAUUGUUGAUUCUUCUUUCUAAUAAAGAAGAAAAGAGAAAAAACUCAGUUUUGAUCAUGUAGUGUUUAAAUAAUUAAAUAAACGUUCUUUAUUUUUA